CCCCUUAGCAUUUUCCACCAGCAACUCACGUCUCCGCUGGUUGCAGCUGAGACCUCUCAGUCACAGAGCCAUCGAGCCAGCGCGGCCGCUGCAGCAGUGAGCCAUGGCGGCGGCGUUGCGAGUGGAGAGGCUAGUGCUCGCGCUGAACGGCCGGCGGUACGAGGCCGCCGCCGACGAGCUGGACCCGUCGACGACGCUGCUGGAGUUCAUCCGCACCCGGACGCCGUUCAGGGGCCCCAAGCUCGGCUGCGGCGAAGGUGGCUGUGGGGCUUGUGUAGUCCUUAUAGCAAAGUAUAACCCCGAGACAGAUGAGGUGACUGAAUUUUCAGCCAGUUCGUGCCUCACGCUCAUUUACAGUCUAAACUUUUGUUCUGUUAUCACCACUGAAGGUCUUGGGAAUACCCGAGAUGGAUUCCAUGCCAUUCAGAAAAGAAUGUCGGGGUUCCAUGCAUCCCAGUGUGGUUUCUGCACUCCAGGCAUGUGCAUGUCCAUUUUCUCUUCCCUUGUCGGUGCUGACAAUUCGAAGAGGCCUCAACCGCCAAAUGGGUUUUCAAAACUAAAAGUAUCAGAAGCAGAGAAGGCUUUCUCAGGCAACUUGUGUCGAUGCACAGGUUACCGACCAAUUGUUGAUGCCUGCAAAAGUUUUGCAUCAGAUGUUGACUUGGAAGAUUUGGGCCUUAAUAUAUUCUGGAAAAAAGGUGAUAAGAAACCAGAUGUUGGCAAGUUACCAAGCUACACUUUCGGUGGUGGAAUCUGCACUUUCCCAGACUUCCUAAAGUCUGAGAUCAAAACUCUACAACAUCAUGUUAACAGUACAACCUCCAAGGGGAGCCAGUAUCAUCCUACAUUGCAAAAUUACACUCUUUGCAGUGGAAUCUUCACUUUCCUGGAUUUUCUAAAGUCUAGCCUUAAAUACCAGCGAUAUCAUCUGAAUGAUGCUAGUAAUACAGUCUCCAAAGAUGGCUGGUAUCACCCUAGAAGUAUUAAACAGUAUUAUGAAUUAAUAAAUUCUACUCUAUUCAGUGAAUGUUCUGUCAAAGUGGUUGUUGGGAACACUAGUGCUGGUGUAUACAAGGAUUAUGACCUUUAUAAUAAGUAUAUUGACAUAGGAGGAAUUCCAGAACUUUCGUCUAUUGUGAGGAAAGCUGAGGGCAUUGAAAUUGGAGCAGCAAUAACAAUUUCUAGGAGCAUUGAAAUACUUGAGAAAGAAAGUAAUUCCAUGUCAUCUCCAAAUGGAAGUGUGGUUUUCAGAAAACUUGCUGACCACAUGAGCAAGGUGGCCUCACCAUUUGUCCGUAACAAAGCAAGUCUUGGAGGAAACAUAAUUUUAGCACAAAAAAAUCCAUUUCCCUCUGAUAUUGCAACCAUACUUCUUGGUGCUGGUUCAACUGUUUGCAUUCAGGUUGUUGGAGAACGGAAACAUAUUACUUUAGAGGAGUUCUUGGAGCAGCCUCCUCUUGAUCGUACCAGUUUACUCUUGAGCAUAUUUAUUCCACAUUGGAUUUUAGAUUCUCAGACAGAAACAAGUUUGGUCUUUCAAACUUAUCGAGCAGCAUCUCGUCCUCUUGGAAAUGCAAUUUCUUAUGUUAACUCUGCUUUCCUGGGACAUGUUAGUUUUGGUGAAUCAUCAGGCGAUCAUGUUUUAAGUAAUCUGCACUUGGCUUUCGGUGCAUAUGGAUCAGAACAUGCUAUUAGAGCAAGGAAAGUGGAGAAAUUCCUAACUGGUAAAUUACUCACUGCAUCCACUAUACAUGGAGCAAUUCAGUUACUUAAAGAAACGAUUGUACCAAUGAAGGGAACAUCACAUCCUGAAUAUAGAAUCAGUGUGGCUGUUGGAUUUCUCUUUAGUUUUCUUUCUGUACAUGUUAAAGGCAUUGCUGAUCCUGGAAAAACUUUUAGCACUACCUCUGAUGAUUCUGUGGAUGUAAUUGAUGUCUAUGACAGCCCAUUGUCUUCACAUCAGGAAACUAUUUCCGGUGAUGAAUAUAAACCCAUUGGCGAGCCAAUGAAGAAGUAUGGAGUUGAGCUUCAAGCUUCAGGUGAGGCUGUAUAUGUGGAUGACAUUCCAGCUCCAAAGAAUUGCCUCCAUGGAGAAUUUAUUUACAGCACACAACCUCUUGCUUUUGUCAAGAAUAUUACAUUCAAGUCUUCAUUAUCAUCACAGAAGAUCAUCACAGUUGUUUCUGCCAAGGAUAUUCCAAAGGAAGGACAAAAUAUUGGAUCGAUGUCCAUGUUUGGUGAUGAACCACUAUUUGGUGAUCCAGUUACUGAAUUUGCCGGACAGGCUCUUGGUGUUGUGAUUGCAGAAACACAGAGAUAUGCUGACAUGGCAGCAAAACAAGCUGUUGUAGAGUAUGAUAUUGGGUAUUUGAAGCCACCAAUCUUAACCAUGGAACAAGCAGUGCAAAACAAUAGCUACUUCAAUGUUCCUACUGUUUUUUAUCCCAAGCAAGUUGGUGAUGUUUCUAUGGGCAUGGCUGAAGCUGAUCACAAAAUACUGUCAACUGAAGUAAAACUUGCUUCUCAGUACUACUUUUACAUGGAAACACAAACAGCAUUGGCAAUUCCAGAUGAAGAUAACACCAUUGUUGUCUACAGUUCCUCACAAUACCCUGAGCUUGCUCAGACUGUCAUUGCUAAGUGCCUUGGUAUUCCACUUGGUAAUGUGCGUGUCAUUACAAGAAGGGUUGGAGGAGGCUUCGGUGGAAAGGGAUAUCGAUCAUUCCCUGUUGCAACAGCAGCGGCACUCUGUGCAUACAAGUUACGAUGUCCUGUGCAGAUGUAUCUCAAUCGUAAUACUGAUAUGAUCAUGGUUGGCAGCAGGCACCCCAUGAAGGCUCAUUACUCUGUUGGUUUCAAGUCUGAUGGAAAAAUUACAGCCUUACACCUAGAUCUACUAAUUGAUGCUGGGAUAUCUGAGGAUUUAAGCCCUAUAAUACCUAGUGGUGUUAUAUCAGCUCUGAAGAAGUACAACUGGGGUGCUCUCUCGUUUGACAUCAAGCUUUGCAAAACAAACAACACAUCCAAAUCAACAAUGCGAGCACCAGGAGAUACACAAGGUUCUUUAAUUGCUGAAGCUAUCAUUGAGCAUGUUGCUUCAGUGUUAUCACUUGAUGCUAACCAUGUCAGGGAAAUGAAUUUUCACACCUAUGAUAGUCUCUUAUUGUUCUACCCAGCUAGUGCAGGCGAAGAAUCAACAUACACAUUACAUUCUAUUUUCAAUAGACUAGCACUGACUUCAAGCUACCGGCAUCGAGCUGAUACUGUCAAGCAGUUCAACAUUUGCAAUAAGUGGCGGAAGAGGGGUAUCUCUUGUGUGCCCCUAAUUUUCAACGUAUCACCAAGGCCAGCACCUGGCCGAGUCUCUGUACUCGAGGAUGGUUCUAUUGUGGUUCAGGUCGGAGGAAUUGAAAUUGGACAAGGACUUUGGACGAAAGUACAGCAGAUGACAGCUUUCGCUCUGGGGCAGCUGUGGCCUGAGGGUUGUGAAGGCCUUCUGGAGAGAGUGCGCGUUCUUCAGGCUGAUACAUUGAAUUUAAUACAGAGUGGAGUUACCGGCGGUAGCAGUACUUCUGAAUCUAGUUGUGCCGCAACCCUUCAGGCCUGCAAGCUGCUGAUUAGCAGAUUAAAUCCUAUCAUGAAUAAGCUGCGACUGCAAUCAGCCACUGUCUCGUGGGAUAAUUUGAUUUCUCAAGCCUCUCAGGAAAAUGUGAAUUUGUCAGCAAGUGUGUACUGGGUACCUGAACAAGGGUCCAAUAGCUAUUUGAAUUAUGGGGCUGGAAUUAGUGAGGUUGAGAUUGAUCUUAUUACAGGAGCGAUUACAAUACUAAGGAGUGAUCUUGUAUAUGAUUGUGGCAUGAGUUUGAACCCUGCAGUCGACUUGGGCCAGAUUGAGGGUUCCUUUAUACAAGGAGUUGGUUUCUUCAUAUAUGAAGAACACGAGACUAACAGUGACGGCCUAGUGGUCAGCAGCAGCACAUGGGACUACAAAAUCCCAAGUGUCGACACUAUCCCAAAGCAGUUCAAUGUCGAGCUCCUCAACACUGGAUAUCACAAGAACCGUGUGCUUUCCUCAAAAGCUUCUGGUGAGCCUGCCGUGGUUCUUGCAUCAUCCGUUCAUUGUGCGCUCAGGGAAGCGAUCCGAGCAGCGAGGAAGGAUUUCUCAUACAACACUGAAUCUGGAACCUCCCCGCUGAUAUUCCAGCUCAAUGUCCCAGCACCAAUGACAGUAGUGAAGGAAUUAUGUGGUUUCGAUAUUGUCGAGAAGUAUCUAAAGAAUCUAUCAGCCCAUGAAACAGCAAGUUGAGCAUAAUGUUAGGCUAUCAACACCAAUAUUGAGAGAAGCAGCACCUUGAUAUUGCCUAACUGGUUAAUAAGGUCAGAAACAUGAAAUCAUUAUACUGCUUAUGGAUGUGCCUUUUAUGGUUCCCUGUAUGGAUUAUCUAGUGCAGAGAAAGACCUGCUGAUGCUGCUGCAACUGAACAAACAAGCACUUCCAUAUUUGGAAAUGGUGAAGAGCUGAUUGAUUGAAAAUUAUAUAUAGAUGCACUUGGGUUAGAGUUUGCCACGAAUUGUGUGGAAACAUGAGUCUUUUUAUAUAUAUGCACGCAAUAUGGGCAUCUUCUUUGCAAACAAAACUGUAAUUGACAAUCGAGAUUCAUGGCAACUACUAUUUGUGAUGAAUGAUGUGACCCACCAGUGUGUAA